AUGCUGGAUCCUUCUCACCCUGAAGAGCGUCUGCGAGAGAUCUGUCAUCGGUCUCAAGCCAGCUUAAUCGUGUGCUCUGAAUCUCUGCACACCAAUUCGUUGCAGCUUAUCACGAAUAUCGUAACAAUGGGACCCGAGAAAGCGGAGGUCUGGUCGAAAGCAACAGACAUCCCUGCUCUCAAGUCCGCGGUUCAACCAUACCACGCAGUGUAUGCCGUCUCCACGUCAGGAUCUACAGGCACGCCGAAGGGGGCAGUACAACAAUUUCCCGAGGCCGUGAGGCAAUUUCAGGCAAACUGGAUGCAAAUUACACCCUCUGUAGCCCGGCUAUUGAAGCCAACCGAGAUCCCUACUAUCCAAACCCUUGUCCUCGGUGGGGAGCCCUUAAGAUUUGAGGACAUUGACCGGUGGGCACAUUGCGUUCAUAUACUGAACGCGUACGGGCCAUCGGAAUGUUCUGUCAUCAGCUCCAUCCACGAACGCGUGGAGCCUGGGUGUGACCCAGACAAUAUUGGGUUUGCAAAUGAUGCGGUUUUCUGGGCAGUUGAUAAGAGCAAUAUCAAUCAAUUGAUCCCUAUUGGAGCAAUUGGUGAACUCAUCAUCGAAGGCCCCAUUCAAUUUCGCGCUCAAGACCAAGAUCAAGCACCCAUUUAUCGGACAGGUGAUCUUGUGCGGUAUCAGGGCGAUGGAUCCCUAAAAUACAUCGGUUGCAAGGGCAGUCAGAACAUCGAGUUAGACAAGGUAGAAUAUCAUGUCAAACGGAGUCAAGCAGAGUUUCAGAGGGUGGUAGCAGAUAUUGUAAAGCCACCUGAUGCACUUGAGCCAGUGCUAGUCGCGUCGGUCUGCCAUCGUCCAUCAGAGUCACUCACCCCUUCGGGUGAUCUCUUCGUUGACUGCACGCCGGGCUUCCGAACAAAUGCCCAGGCUGCCCGUUCCAAGCUUCUCACAGCGCUCCCACGGAGGCCGUUUCAACAAGAGCUCUCAACAGAUGCAAUACCUUCAAACGUUCCAUCCGCAAUUAUGUAG